GGUAGCUAAAUACCCAGGACCAGACAGGAAUGUAUACUUCACUUCACUGUCAAGGCAGUCUCAUUCAGUCAGGAAAGCUGUGUGUUGGGCUGGCUAUACCUGCCCCGUGUUUUAGAAACUUCACUUUAAAAGCAAUAUAUAAAUACAUAAAAAAAAGGAAAGACCAAGAGAAAAAGUGAUUACAUGAGUAAAUGAGAGCAAGGUGGAUUAACGUGGAGUGGAUGAAGCGCGGUCAGAGCGAUGCCGUUUUUCCUUCGUGCUGCGUUGAAGCCUCCGUCCCAGGAGGUUCAUUGGGAGAUGCUGCUGGGGACAGGGCGAGCAGGGGGGGUACACAAGAGACACAGCAUGAAGGAGGCCAAAGACAUGAAGAAUCGCUUGGGUUUUCUUCGGAGGCGAAAUGAAUCUCCGGGAAGCAACCCAGCAAGCAAGCUGGAUAAAGUGAUGAAAUCUGUCAAGCCAGCACCUGAAGAGGCAGUGAAAUGGGGCGAGUCUCUGGACAAACUACUGCUCCAUAAAUAUGGCCUGGCUGCAUUCAGAGCAUUCCUCUGCACAGAAUUCAGUGAAGAAAAUCUGGAAUUCUGGUUGGCUUGUGAGGACUAUAAAAAGAUCAAGUCACAAUCUAAAAUGACAUCGAAAGCCAAGAAAAUCUUUGCAGAAUACAUUGCCAUCCAGUCAUGUAAAGAGGUCAACCUAGACUCCUACACAAGAGAGCACACAAAGGACAACCUACAGAACAUCAACCGCACCUGCUUCGAUCUGGCACAGAAGAGGAUAUUUGGACUGAUGGAAAAGGACUCUUACCCCCGAUUCCUCCGAUCAGAGUUGUAUCUGGACUUGAUAAAUCAGAAGAAGCCCAAUUCUACAUUAUCAUCAUAGAGAGAUCUGUGGGGGCUUGUUUUGUGGAAAGACUUGAAGCCGACUGGGAAGUUGAAUGUUUCCAUGCGAUUGAGGACCCCUCUGGUUGGCUAGAGGGUGGCUGUGCACCAUUUCAUUUAGUGUUAUAGAAUGUGGAAGCCAAUAGCCCUUGGCAGAAUAGUGGCCAUGGACUAGCAUGAGAAUGGAGCCUGUCUUUCACACUGGGGACUGGAUAUCUGAAACAGUCCGGUACUGUUGGAAUCGCACAUCGCUCCUUAAUCCCCCCACCUCUCCCAGUUGUUGGUACGAUGUGCUUAAAGAUCUUUCUUUGUGCAUGGUAUACAGGGACUGCAUGAAGACUAUCAGAUGUUCAGUGGAGCACUGCCCCUCCCCCAUUCUAUUCUUCUUUCCAGGCAUGAUGUUCCUCCACCGGGCUAUUUUACAACCCUUGCUGUGGGGCUGUUCUUCUAGCAUGCACAUAUCUGAGGAGUGAAAAAGAAAAACAGGAGAGAGCGGAAUGGAACAAACUGCAAAACGCUUUCUUUCAAAACGUGUCCUGAAAGGAAAAGAAUUUGGUGCAUGCUACCUUUUUCCAAAGACUCAAAGUUUCAGGUGCUUGGUUCAGUACAGUGAUAAGCAAUUUGUUUUGUGAUAGAGGGAUGAGGCAGUAUUCUCAGGACAUUAUGACAUUCUACUCUGAAGCUUUCAUGCUGUUUUUAACCUGCACUCCUAGACAAAUAGCGCUGUACCGUUAGGCUGGUGCUCUUUUUAUAAGACGACUUCACCUGGACAGAAGAUUGCCUAUUUAUUUAGAUAAUUGUUGCUGAAUGCUUGAUGCAUUGCUGUGUAAUCAUAGCUCUUUGGAUUCUUAUCGUCCUAAUUUAAGUGCAAUAUUUUGGAUAAGUUUAAUUUGAGUAAAACAGUGGAUCUAAGCUGCAUUAUACAUGUAAGAGUUAUGAGUUAUAUUAAAAAAAAAUCUGUUUAAAAGUUAUUUUACAGUUUAAAAAACAAGAACGUUAACUUUAACAGCAUGUUCCCUGGCAGCAGGCAGCUAGGGAUUGAGGAUGUGUAUAUAUAGUUCUAAAAAAAUAAAUAAAUAAAGCAAACAUGUUUCGUAAUCUAACGUGAAAAUGUGGAUGUAGCUGUAAUAUGAGAGAUUGAAGCUAUAAAAUUACAUGUAAUGUUGUGAGGGGAGGCAUGAAAGGAAGGCUUCCCUUUGGUUAAACACUGCUUGCAAGGAGUUUUAUGAAAUGUAUUUUAUCAUUUUCACUGUUUACAAAUCAAGGCGUCUCCUAAGAUAGCAAGCCAACCCUGUUUGGUGUCAUUGCAAAGGUUAAAUAAACAAAAUUAGUAAAUUA